GGAGACUGGGACUCAAUCCUCGGACUGAGUAGACCUGGUGUUCAGUACUGGCUCAGACUCAAUUUAUAUAAUCAGUCGUCCGGAUGAAAGCCCCUCGAACGGACCACUUCUGUUGUACUUAGAAAGUCUCGUAUAUAUUUUCCUAAGAAAUGGACAAAAUGACCCAGGAGGACGAGGUAUCCCCAGUGUCGACGGCUCCAGCGACUCCCACAACUCCACACGAGAUCAGGAUGCUGCCGCUCUUUAUGGAUUUCGAGGACUUCAAUAUUUGCCAGCCAGCCCCUUUCUCGUACGAUGACAAGGCUAUUUUGGAGCUAGAGAAGUGUGACUAUACACAAAGGAUCACCUACCAGAUGGCCAGAGCAGGAAAAACGACUCGGAGGGUUAGAGUUUAUGCCGAUGGCAUCUAUGAUCUGUUCCACCAAGGACAUGCCCGCCAACUGAUGCAGGCCAAGAACAUAUUCCCCAAUGUAUAUCUGAUCGUCGGGGUAUGCAAUGAUGAACUGACCCUCAGAAUGAAAGGACGCACUGUGAUGAAUGGUUUCGAGCGGUACGAGGCUGUUCGCCACUGUCGUUAUGUGGAUGAGAUCGUACCGAAUGCUCCUUGGUCGCUGAAUGAAGAGUUCCUAAAUGAGCACAAAAUUGAUUUCGUUGCUCAUGAUGAUAUUCCAUAUGGAGCAGGUGGAGUCAACGAUAUAUAUGCUCCUCUUAAGGCAAAGGGAAUGUUUGUGGUCACGGAGCGCACGGAGGGCGUGUCCACUUCGGACAUUGUGGCCCGGAUCGUGAAGGAUUAUGAUGUUUACGUGCGCAGAAAUCUGGCCAGAGGGUACUCAGCCAAGGAGCUGAACGUAUCUUUUCUCUCCGAGAAGAAGUUCCGUCUGCAGAACAAGAUGGACGAGCUGAAGACCCGAGGUAAGCGGGAGCUGACCAAAGUGAAGGUGGACAUCAUCACCAAGUGGGAGGAGAAGUCGCGCGAGUUCAUCGAUGCUUUUCUGUUGCUAUUUGGAAGAGAGCGACUCAACAGUUUGUGGAACGAGUCCAAAGGCAGGAUCAUCCAGGCCCUCAGUCCACCAGGCAGUCCAAAUGGCUCCAUCAACGGCGACGAUCCAGAUACAGAAGACGGCGAGUCCGAGGACGAAUACAUGGAGCUACCGCCCGAGUAUGGAGGUGGUACUGUGGCUUCCCAUGACGUAAAACAGAGAAGUUCCCAGAGGAGCCGUGGUCAGACAAACCCUUCUUCAAACUCCAACAUCAAAGAAACAGAAGAUUCUAAUCUGGAGUACGAGCUUCAUAGCGAUUGACGACGGAUUUGGCUACCCCCUAAAUUUCCCUUCUCUCUCUUUAAAUGUAAAUUAAUUUGUUAUUACCCUUACAAUGGUGGCAAUCAAAGAACAAUCAAGAGUUAUAUCAAUGCCGUUUUACACACAUGGAUCAAUUUAAAAUACAUUCAGCGCUGUUCCGGUUAAA